AUGGAUGCACCUACGUCUUAUUCAGGGCCACAUGCAGCCUCCCCUACAUUAUCUGGCCAGACCUCACCUAGGUCAGAUUCCAGCAGGAUGGAUCCACUCGAAAGUGCCCCUCACUCCCAUAUUGACGACGAAGAAGUCGUACCAGUAGACUACGAUCCUGAGGAGCGUAUAACCGGGGCCAAGCACGCCGCAGACGCCCUCAACCGACAAGAAGAGGACGGCGGUGAAAUCCGUCGCAAGAGUACAGUGAAACUAACUGGCAAAGAACGGACAAAAGAGUACAUCCGGGUAUUCCCCAAGUUUGUAAGGGUGUAUGUCAAUUUAUUUUGUAUAUUUUUGGGAAUCUUGUCUAUUUACUGGGGAUCGUUGUUUCAUCGGCAGCAUCGGUUUGGCAACAUGCAGAUGUUGGUGGUUAAUGAAGAUCAACCGUUUAUUGGUUUGGAUGGGAAUACCGUGCCGGCACUAACUGGUGACACCAUGGUUGAUUUGCUCACCAAGAAUGAAAGUGCCGUCGAAUUGGGAAAGUUUGAGUUUGUUAAUUUGACAAAGUUCACCGAGUUGGCCAACAAGCAUAACAAUACCAUUUCGGAAGAAGUUACUCGCCAAGUACAUCAUCAGAAGUAUUGGGCCGCCAUACAUAUCCUUCCAAAUACCACCCAACAGAUAUACACCAGUUUCAACACCGCCAAUGCCACAUUCACGACAUCUUCAAUUAACCUGACGAUACAAGUGGUGUACGAACUGGGCCGUCACUUUUCCGCCUUGAACCAGUAUAUAUUCCGACAUUUAGACCUUAUUGGAGAAAUGUGGAUACGGUACUACGUCUCACCGUUUGUAUACCAACCAAUAAUAAACCAACUCAACCUGACACAACAAGAAGCACUUCUACAAUCCAACGCCACGCGGUCAAUCUUCUCGACAUUCCCCACAUUCACAUUCAUCGAUAAUCGACCACCAGCAUCGGCUGCCGUGCUUGGACCCAGCGAGCUUGGCUUGAUCUACGCCCAAUUAUUCUCAUUCCAUCAGUUCAACUUCUCACUUGAAGUCUACUCCUUCAUGCGUACCCGACUCAGAUUCAAGCAAUAUAUCUUGUAUCGAAUCAUCGCAUCGCAAAUCAACUCAUUGGUUCUAGCGUUAGUAUACUCCCUCAUCACCAUCGCAUUCCAAGUCCCCAUAAACGUUGCGUUUGGCCACCUGGGAUUCCUUGUGCUUUGGAUGUUUAUGUACUUGUUCAUCAGCUCCAGUGCUGGGAUCAAUGAAAAUAUCGUGUCGGUAAUCUUCAUCUAUGAUUUAAAACAACUCAUUGCUCCCUGGAUGAUUUUCAAUGUCGUCAUUAACAUAUCAACUACAUUUGCGCCGUUUAUUCUUAUGCCGGGAUUUUACCAUUACGGGUACGCUUUGCCCAUGUACAAUACCUAUGAGGCAUUGAAGGUGGUGUUUUUCAAUACGUGGAAGGGCCACCUUGGUCGAAACAUCGGAAUACUAGUGAUGUGGAUCGUGGUAAUGAACAUUGUCCUUGUAAAAAGGCCGCUGACGACAAGGCCAAGAAAGAAUUGGAGAAGUUGGCCAAGGACCAAGAGAUUUUACGACAACGCGCUUCUGCUGCUGCUGCUGCUGCUACACAAGUGGAACCCAAAGAGGACUCUUCAAAUAAUACUAUAUAGAAAUUUUACACAGUCUCAUCCAUUAUAUCUACUUUGGUGA